AACCCCCGGAGCGACAGCGCCGACAUGCUGCCCGCCACGUUCAAGCUGUGCGCCGGCAUCUCCUACCGGCACCUGCGCAACAUGACGGGCCUCCGGAGACCGGCGGCCGUGGCCAUCAGCCAGGAGCUGAGCAGACUGUCCGGCCGCGGCGCCGCUCCCGCCGCCUGGAUCCACCACGUCCGCCGGAGAAGCUCCUUGCUCGGCUCCAGGCUGGAGGAGAAGCCCCUCACCGAGCUGGAAAUGUCCUACAUCCAGCAAGGAGAGGAAGCCCUUCAGAAGUCGCUCGGCAUCCUCGGCRACCAGGACGGCUGGAAGACGGAGACGGCGGCGGAUAACGGCGACAAAGUGCUGAGCAAGGUGCUCCCGGACGUGGGGAAGGUUUUCCGCCUCGAGGUGGUGGUGGAGCAGCCCCUGGACGCCGUGUACAGCGAGCUGGUGGACAACAUGGAGCAGAUGGGAGACUGGAACCCCAACGUGCAGGAGGUCAAGAUCCUCCAGAAGAUCGGGAAGGACACGGUGAUCACCCACGAGAAAGCAGCCGCCUCCCCCGGGAACAUCGUGGGGCCGCGGGACUUCGUCAGCGUCCGCUGCUCCAAGAGACGCGGCUCCACGUGCGUCCUGGCAGGAAUGGCCACGCGCUUCGGAGCCAUGCCCGAGCAGAAGGGCUUUAUACGAGCAGAGAACGGCCCCACGUGCAUGAUCCUGCGCCCUGUGUCAGGAAACCCUUCCCAAACCAAGCUAACCUGGCUCCUCAGCAUCGACCUGAAGGGCUGGCUGCCCAAGACCAUCAUCAACCAGGUGCUCUCGCAGACCCAAGUGGACUUCGCCAACCACCUGCGCCAGCGCCUGGCCCGGGCGGGCGGCGCCUGCUGACGGCGGCGCCUUCCAGGGAACACGGACUAAAACAUUAAAAGAGGGGUGUAAAGGUGGGUGGGGGGUGGCUCCUGCACCAACAGCCUUUAUGUCAAGAAAGGGCUUUCAGUAAUCGGGGUAAUGGGGCCCUCGGUGCCUGCCCACGCUCGCUGCCCAAACACACAACUCUAAACGUUAUUCCCAGAGCCACCUCUAACUUAUUUUCCUGUACAGACUUGCAUAAGUGURUUUAUUUAUUCAGGCGUUUCUGGGCGGGGAAGAGGGGCUUCUGCUUAGACAGGGAUGCAGGAAGGCUUUGCCCACAGCUCUUGCUUUUCCCCAGUAUAAUUCUUUUUUUU